GGCAAGACGGCUCUGCACAUCGCAGCCGAGCGCGGCAACUCGCAGAUCGUCAAGUUCCUUCUGGCGAACGAUGUUUACGUCGACGUGCCGGACUGGCGAGGUCGCACGGCGCUGCAUUACGCAGCGGGCGGUGCGCACGCAGAUAUUGUCGCGCAGCUGCUGGCCGAGGGAGCGGAUCCGGAGGCCCGCGAUCAUGACGGCCGAAGCCCGCUGCACGCUGCUGCGGACGCCGAGUGCGAGCCGAUAAUCAGGCUGUUGGCCAAGGAAGGCGCGGACCUGAAUGCC